GUUAUGAAUUAAGCUUGGUCAAACUGCACAUGCUAUAGUUGUGGUAAAGUACCCUCAGUGUUGGCGGCUGUUCUUAGAUUACCUCUUAUCUUAUUUAAGCAGAUGGAUUUCCUUCUCGAGUUCAUCUAAAACUGUGCGAUACCAUUGGUGCUUUACACUUGUGUUUUGUGGUGGGCGUGAGUUAUUCUAGCUUCUUUAUUACAAGCCGGUAACAACGCACCGUUACAUUUCAGCUUGGAGGCAUUUUGGAAACACUAAAAUGCGUCAUUGGCCUAAUCGUUGAUCUUGAAUAUUUUAAGCAUGACUGGGACCACAGAGUGUAACGUCUACACCGGCUUAACUCCAAGAGGAUGUCCUCCUGUUUGGACCUAACAAUAUGCCUGAUCUUGGCCACAUCAACUGUACACACUGAAGUUCAACCCUGCUUCUGCUCGGCCCUCCUUCCUGCUGGUUUAAAAGUCAACUGCAGCUCUUUGAACCUGAUGAAAUUCCCUCACCUGCUGUCAGACACCACAGAGCUUCACCUGCAGGACAACCAGCUCCCUACAGUGCCCCCAGGACGGUUUGAUGAGCUCGUCAGGCUGAAAAAGCUCUCAUUAUCCGGCAAUCCCUUCCACUGUGACUGCAGGAUCCAAUACCUGAGGAAGUGGUUGCAGAAGAACCGGGCUUUAGUUUCCACACAGCCCACUUGUGCUGCUCCAAGGUCUGUGGCACACAGAGGCAUCGCUGACCUUGCUGAUGAGUAUUUUUCUUCAUGCAUCCAGAGACACUGUGCUGGUGGCACUUAUAGUUUUGUGAUGGGGGUGAUGCUGUGCUGCCUGAUUGUUCUCCUUAUGUACAGCCUGAGGCUUGCCCAAAAGUCCACUUUCAUUCUGCAUGUAAAAGACAGACAUGCAGGAUUACCUGCAGACGGUAUGCGGCCCCCAAGGCCUAAACAAAGGAGGCGCCGUGAAGGUUCCAUCGCAGAGGUCAGCGAGAAUUCGGAAUUUCUACAAAGACCGCUCGUCGACACAGAGCUGCUGCCACAAAUACUUGAAGUGUUGCGUGUGAAGUACAAUAUAAAGUUAAAGGCCACCUGAGGCACUCUACUACAGAAACACUUCAAGUGACAAAGAGGUCACAUGUCUGUCCCCAUGGACAAGAAACACCAUCUCCACCCAGCUGUAAAUGGGAACGAGCCUUGGUUUGGGAAGUAACCUGUGAUGGACUGGCGUCCUGUCCAAGAGGGGUUGGAGACCCAUCUGCUUCACACUAUGCAGCCCAGAAAUGACCACUGUCCUGAUGAGACUCAAGUCUUACAUAGGAGUUCUUCUAUAAUAAUCAACACAACUUAAAAAAAAAAAAAAAACACACUGAUGUGAUCUUUAUGGACAAGAUGUGCUCACAUAUUUAUUAUAACAAAAAUAAAAGUUAUUAAGUAUCAAACACA